AUGAAAGACCAGAAAUGCAGAUUGUCUGCGACCACCUUGACGAUUUUCAUUCUCGGUCUUACUUGCAUUCUAAGCAUCUCCCCUGCUGAUACUGCCACUGCAGUAGCUGAUUCGGGUGGCUCGUUGUCAACUUAUAUAAUCCAAGUACGAAAGCCAACGGACAAACAUUUUGCUACUUCAGAGGAUCUGGAUGCUUUAUACCGGUCAUUUUUCCCUACCACAGCAACCAGCUCUAACCAAGAGCAAAGAAUGGUUCACUCAUACCGACAUGUGGUAUCCGGGUUCGCGGCCAAAUUGACCGAGGAAGCUAAAGCCAUUCGGAACAGGGACGGUGUUUUGUAUGUGCGUCCGGAGAGGGUGCUCUCUCUACACACAACUCGCACCCCCGAGUUCUUGGGAUUGCGCCAAGAAGUCGGGCUCUGGAAGGACUCCAACUUCGGCAAGGGUGUGAUCAUCGGAGUAUUGGACUCAGGGAUAUAUCCCCAGCACUCUUCCUUCAGCGGCGAGGGGUUGCCACCGCCCCCGGCCAAAUGGAAGGGCAAGUGCGUCUUCAACGACGCAUACUGCAACAACAACCUCAUCGGUGCGAGGUCCAUCGUUUACGGGGAAUUCGAACAGCCAUUUGAUGAUGUGGGCCACGGCACACACGCUGCCAGCACAGCUGCGGGUGCUUUUGUGAAGAAUGUCAGCGCGCUCGGUAAUGCCAAAGGCACGGCCGCAGGCAUAGCGCCUCUUGCGCAUUUGGCAAUCUACCAGGUUUGCUAUAUUAGGGGGUGCCUUGAGGCCGACAUAUUAGCUGGGUUCGAUGCGGCCAUCGAGGAUGGUGUCGAUGUGAUUUCCCUCUCUGUUGGAGGGGAUUCCUCUCCGUUCUUCGACGAUGCGAUUGCAAAAGGUUCAUUUGCCGCCAUCCAAAAGGGCAUCUUCGUGAGCAGCUCCGCGGGGAAUAGGGGCCCAUACAACCACUCAUUGUCAAACGAGGCAACGUGGCUUCUCAACGUGGGAGCCAGCACCAUAGACCGCAGCAUAAAGGCCACGGCGCGGCUGGGGAACGGGAAGGAGUUCGAUGGGGAAACCUUGUACCAACCGCAAGACUUCGAUCCAACGCUACUUCCCCUGGUUGAUCCAGGACUAAACGGAGAUGACUCCUCGGCCCUUUGCCUUCCCGGAUCACUAAAAGACCUCUCGGACCUCAAAGGAAAUGUGAUCGUGUGCUCCGUAGACUACGGCGGUGUUGCGCGAGUUGACCAAGGUCAAGAGGUCAAGGAUGCAGGUGGUGCGGCCAUGAUCCUCGUGAACUCCUCUCUGGAGGGAGCCACCACCCUUGCCGAUAAGCAUGUCCUACCCGCUGUCCAUGUGGGAUAUGACGUGGGGAGAGAGAUCAAGAGCUACCUAAACACCACCUCAGCGCCGAACGCCACGAUCCUAUUCAAAGGCGCUAACAUCGGGAGUUCGGUCGCCCCGGUUGUAGCAUCCUUCUCUUCCCGCGGCCCCAACUACCAAAGCAAAGGCAUCCUCAAACCGGACAUCAUCGGCCCGAGUGUGAACAUUCUCGCUGCUUGGCCAGUUAGUUUAGACAAUUCUACGUAUGAUGAGCACUCAUUCAACGUGAUCUCCGGGACCUCCAUGUCCUGCCCCAACCUCAGUGGUGUGGCGGCACUGCUCAAGAGCGCACACCCCGACUGGUCUCCAGCGGCCAUCAAGUCCGCCAUCAUUACCACUGCCUCCACCUCUAACACGGAGGGCCAACCCAUCUUGGACCAGUCGCUCAAUCCAGCAAACAUAUUCACCACUGGCGCAGGACAUGUCAACCCAUCAAAGGCUGUUGACCCGGGUCUCAUUUACGACAUCGAACCGCAAGAUUACAUUCCUUACCUUUGUGGGCUCAACUACACCGACUCCGAAAUCGAGCUCAUAGUUAAAGAAAAGGUCACAUGCUGGAGCACUGGGAGUAUACCCGAUUACCAGCUCAACUAUCCAUCGAUCAGCUUGAGCUUUGACAGUACGGUGACGAAGUUUAACGUGACGAGGAAGGUGAGGAAUGUCGGACCUGCUAACUCGUCUUACAGGAUGGUUAUCGACCCCAUCACGGGUCUCAACUCAAUUGGCGUGUACCCGAGUAAUCUAGAGUUCACGAAGGUGAACGAGACAGCGAGUUUCAGCGUUGACUUCGCAAGGAAUAAGACGGCGACCCCGCCCCUUGCUCAAGGGGCGAUCACAUGGGUAUCUGCUAAGCAUUCAGUUCGAACCCCUGUCGCCGUUGUCUUUUAG